AUGCCGCCCGCCCCCAGCCAAAAGGGCACCGGCAAGAAGAGCGGCGCGGGCGCCAUCCGCCAGCGCAGCCGCAACACGACCCCAAGCUCCCUGCCUCCCGCCGCGGGGGGAGUAGGAGGAGGUCCAGGAGGCGCUGGCGGAGGGGCGACAGGCACGGGCGCCAACCUGCCGCCUAUCGAGGCCAUCGACGCCGAGUACCUCGCCCUGCGCGUCGAGCAGUUCCGUAACAUCACCUACGAUGACCUCGUCGACCCGGGCGCCCCCGGCAGCCCCGUCCCCGACGCCAAGAGCGUCGACGGCCUCAUCGCCCGCCUGACGCGCCUGCAGGAGGUCAUUGACCGCCGCACCAACUUUUGCGACAAGGCCAUGCGCGAUCUGUCGGUCCAGAGGAAGCACCAUGUCGACGAGGUCGUCGAGAAGGAGGACGUGCGGACUGAGGACGACCGCAAGCGGUCCAAUAAGAAGAAGCCCAAGGCGGCGGAUAGUCUGGCACCGGGCGACACGAACCACAAGGGUAUGUUUGAACUGUUUCUGAGCUUCAACAUGGCGACUUGCCUGAUGGCUGUCGUUCACUUUCCCCUGCCUUCCCCAUGCAGUCCCUUGGCAUCGGAUGUCUCUUUGCAAACCACGGCUGACCCCCCCUACCGGCCCUACCGAUCGCGCUACGGGGCGACUCGACGACUCGCGAAAACCAGAAACCUCGCCAGAGACUCAAUCAGCUCGUCGCUUUCCCCUGUCGAGCCUGGUCGCAUCCGGAUGGAUGUCGAUGAUAAGAAGAAGAGCAAGAAGAAGAAGGACGAAAAGGAAAAGAAGGAAGACGAGGCCGUCGAGGACGAAGAGGAGGAGGAAGAAUCGAGCUCCGAGGACGAGGGAGCCCCGCCGCGCCGUGAUCUGCCCGCCGCGCACACCUUUGGCGACGACCCCUCCACAUUCCCCGACCCGACAUCGCCGUAUACCCCAAGCAUGACCUCGCCGAGCUGGAGCUCAUUGCCGGCGACCCCCCAGAUAAGGAUUUCAGCAACGCCAAGCCGUCGAACCAGAUCAGUUUUUCCACCUUCAGCGCGUACAUUGAACCAUACUUUCGCCCCUUCACCGAGGAAGACCUCGGCUUUCUGCGCGAACGCGGCGACCGCGUGGCGCCCCUUCCACAUGCCCAAACGCGGCAAGCGACACUACACGGAGAUCUGGGCCGAAGAAGACGGCGCCAUGCAAGUGGACUCGCCAUCGAAGCGGGAAAAGCUGGCGCCCAACGUGCCACGUGGGACCAUCGACGUCAUGGACGACGAAGUUGGUGAGACAGACAAGCUGUCUGUCGGCCCGCUCCUCUCACGCCUCGUGAGCAUCAUGCGGCCCGAGUCGCGUCCGCCCACCGACGAGGACAAGCCCAAUGUCAACGGCACGACCAACGGCGACGUGAGCAUGGCCGGCAGCACCAACGGCGAGAACGGCGACCUCAGCAUGAGCUUUGGCGGCGGCGGCGGCGAGGACAACAAGCCGCUGACAAUGCCACCGGCAACGUUCAUGGCGGAGUCCAACUCGGAGUCGUGGAAAAAGGCGACGCACCCCAAGCUCGACUACGCGCAGGUCGACGAGCGCAUCAAGCAGGAGCUCAAGCACAUGGGUUUCCUCCCGCACGAGGGCCCCAUCGACGCCGAGUACGACGGCGCCUUUGACGACGAGGUCGCCGCCCGGCUGCGCCUCCUCCAGGACCGCCUCCGCAGCCAGAUGCUCAUCAACGGCGCGCGCAAGGCCCGCCUCACCGAGCUCGUCAAGGAGCGCAUGGCGCACCAGGAGUACCAGACCAUCCUCGAGGACCUCGACUCGCAGGUCCAGGCCGCCUACCUCAAGCGCACCCGCACCAUGGGCAAGAGCAAAAAGGCCAAGCGGCCCGCCGGCAACAGCGCCGCCGCUGCCGCCGCCGCCGCCGGCAUGGCCCGCCCCGGCAUCGGCGACGUCACCAAGAUGCUCAUGGAGCGCCGCGCCCGCUGGAUCGGCACCAUUGGCUCCGUCUUUGAGGACGAGAACCUCGGCAAGGUCCCGCGCGUCGAGAAGCCGGGCAGCUCCAUCUUUAAGCCUGCCGAGAUGGCGCAGCUGCUCAAGCGCGAGAAGGAGCAGUGGGAUGAGGAGGUUGAGGAGGAGUAG